GUACCCACGAUAUUCAUAAGUCGGACAUCGAUAUGUCGAAGCGGGCGCGAAGAGUCCGCUCAGACAGAUGCACUUGUUGAUCUGAACUUCUUCGACUACGAUGAAUGUGAGCUAAGUCUUUGUGAGAGUGAAGCAGAUGCCAUCGAGGUCGAUGUAUUGCUUGACUCUGUGGGUCAAGAAGAUGGUAUCGACGCUUUCGCUCAAAUAAAUGCCGCACAGGAGGUUUCCACUACCGUGCAAAUGCCAUCGGCAGUCAGUACCAUUUCUCGACUCAUUGAGGAGGACAAACAUCCUGCAGCUGAGGAAGUUGAGACAUGCAUUGAAAUUCCUCAAGAACAAACUAUCUGUGAGGAAGCGAAUUGGACGCCGUGGAGAAAUCGACUUAGGUAUGUAACGUGGGGCCACGCAAAAAGUGAAAGCCUAGAUAUGUUGGAAGAUGAGGAGAUCGCCGAAGAACAAGCUAUAGUGAAACAUCCUGAGUCAGUGAGACUGACCGAUCUCGAACAAACGGCCGUUCUCACUUGCUUGGCUAAGAGGCCUAUCACAAACGCAUCAUGGUUCAAGAACGGUAUGAUAAUAAGUUCCAACGAAUAUAUUGACAUCGAGACCGUUGGAAAUGAGACUCGACUCGUCUUGAUCAAGUUCAUUCCGUUCUACAUUGGCACGGUUCCAUCAGUGCUCACUCAUCAAAUUGGAAAACCAUUCGAUCUCCACCUGAAGUAUUCAGCAUAUCCAACUCCUCAAAUCAAACUUCUUCAUCAGGGACAAGUGAUGACUCUAGAAUCAGACAUCGACCAGUACGAAGACAGUCUUUCAAUAAGAGUGAAAAAUCUCAAAAAACAAGAUGAGGGUGAAAUUACUGUAAUUCUGUCCAACGAAUUCGGCAAAACUGAGGUGUCGUUCAAACUGAAGCUGGUUGACACUCCGCUGGCACCCAAAGAUGCUCAUCACGUCGAGCUAACACCAACCACAGUUACUCUGGUAUGGGAUGCUCCACAAGCUGACGAAAGUGAUAUCAUUCACUAUCAAGUAGAAAGAAGAACAGCUGAAAGUGGUAGAUGGAGAAAGCUGGCUAAAACUACUACCAAAGAGUAUACCUGCACCGAACUAGUCCCGAAAGAGUUCUACGCUUUCAGAAUCAAGGCUGUAAACAAAUUUGGAGAAGGCUUGCCAAGCAAUGUUGUUGAAGUAGACAUGCCUGAUGAAGAAGAGGAGAUUCUGGAAGAAACGUUCGAUCUCACUGCAAUUCUAGACGUAGAGGAUGGAAUUGUACUUGACCAAGAUGAAGUGAUAGAAGCUGUUAUCGAAUUGACAGAGAAGAAAGAGCCAGAAGAAGAACCAACGACAGAUUACGAAGUUGUCGCAGAAGGUGCAGAAGAACCAGAGGAGAAGGAACUUCAAGAGGCCGUCGAGAAGAUGAAGGAAGUCGCCGCAGAGGUCAAGCCACCAGCUGAGGAACAGAAACCAGUGCCUGAUGAAGAAGAGGAGAUUCUGGAAGAA